AUUCCUCAGCGAGUGGCCUUUGGUACAAAGGAGGUUGGGGGUCUCGAGACUCUCCCCCGCCGCCCCCCGCCUCCCCCGCCUCCCGUGUCGGUUUUCUCGGCGCCUUCGCUGCGCUGGCCUCGCGGCCGCCUCCGUCAGAACCGCUCCCGGGUGCAGCCCCUCGCGGGCCGGCUGUAACCGCGCCCCCGGGCCGGACGAUGCCCAGGAAGCUGCUGCUGCUGCCCCCGCUCUCCGUGUCCUCCGCUUUCCGCGCCCCGCGAGCCUGCCCCGCCGCCCGCCCGGCCAUGAACGCCGCCCGCACCGGCUACCGAGUCUUCUCUGCCAACUCCACGGCCGCCUGCACCGAGCUGGCCAAGCGCAUCACCGAGCGUCUUGGUGCUGAAUUGGGGAAGUCUGUGGUUUAUCAAGAGACCAAUGGAGAAACAAGAGUUGAAAUAAAAGAAUCUGUUCGUGGCCAAGAUAUUUUCAUUAUACAGACAAUACCCAGAGACGUGAACACGGCUGUGAUGGAGUUGCUGAUCAUGGCGUAUGCGCUGAAGACCGCCUGUGCCAGGAACAUCAUUGGCGUCAUCCCCUACUUCCCCUACAGCAAGCAGAGCAAGAUGCGGAAGAGGGGCUCCAUUGUGUGCAAGCUCCUGGCAUCCAUGCUGGCAAAAGCAGGUUUAACUCACAUUAUCACUAUGGAUCUUCAUCAAAAGGAAAUACAAGGCUUUUUCAGCUUUCCCGUGGACAACCUUAGAGCCUCACCUUUCCUGCUUCAGUAUAUCCAGGAAGAAAUUCCAAAUUACAGAAAUGCAGUCAUUGUAGCUAAAUCGCCUGAUGCUGCAAAAAGGGCCCAGUCGUAUGCAGAGAGGCUGCGUCUGGGCCUGGCUGUCAUCCAUGGGGAGGCCCAGUGUGCGGAGAUGGACAUGGACGAUGGCCGCCAUUCCCCGCCGAUGGUCAAGAACGCGACUGUCCACCCAGGGCUGGAAUUGCCGUUGAUGAUGGCCAAGGAGAAGCCGCCCAUAACGGUAGUUGGAGAUGUGGGAGGACGCAUCGCGAUCAUAGUGGAUGACAUCAUCGACGACGUGGAGAGCUUCGUGGCCGCUGCGGAGAUUCUGAAGGAGAGAGGCGCUUACAGGAUCUACGUCAUGGCCACACACGGCAUCCUGUCCGCAGAGGCCCCCCGUCUGAUCGAGGAGUCCUCCAUCGACGAGGUGGUGGUGACGAAUACUGUCCCUCACGAGGUGCAGAAGCUGCAGUGUCCCAAGAUAAAGACUGUGGACAUCAGUCUGAUUCUUUCUGAAGCAAUCCGGAGAAUCCACAACGGGGAGUCCAUGGCGUACCUCUUCCGGAACAUCACAGUGGACGACUAGCUCUCGCGGUUGCCUGGGCCCUAGAACUCCUAAGGAAAACAUGUGAAGAGCAGUGCCAUCAAUUAUGUACACGGUGUUUCCUUUCAAGGGAGGCAGAUGGUUUCUCUUGCCACGUUUGGUGGGUAGGAGGCAUUAAGAUAGUCCAGGGGACAACAGGGAUCGUGGGGGAGUGGCCUCAGCUGUCUGCUGUCACCAUCCUGUCUCUUAAAAAAAGUUAGAUGCCUUCCUGAAUAGAAUCUGAAAAUCUUGCUGGUGUUGAAAGGGAGUGAAAGGCAGAUGAAACCCUGACCCUCUUAACGUUCAUUCAGUUGUUUCCACCGCAGGACACAUCCGUGUUAAUGUUGAACUCGGUUAGGGAAGCUGAGGACCGUUCCUGUUCCAUUUGUCGUCUCGCCGGUCAGCUUUCUCCAAGUCUUUUCUAGAGAAUCCUAUUUUUCUUUAAGAACCCGCUUGCCAACAGCCAGUGAACAACGUUGCAUUGGUGGUGGUGCUCCUAGCGAGGACUUCACAUUAGCAAGUCACGCUUAUCUCUGGGUCCCUGCGUUGCUCUUAAAUUGCAAAUAAAAGAAUUUGCUGUGUUGUUAGUGUCUUCACUGCAGAGCUGCCCACUCCUGCCCUCUGUCCAGACGCUGCAGAAGCCAGUGCCUUGAAUGCAGGACGGCCCAGGUCCAUGGCUGUCCCCAGCCCUGGACAGACGUGCCCCUCUGCACAUUCCAUCCCCUUCCCCUCAUGUUCCCUGAAGUUAAAUUCUUGUUGAAUAAGUGAAUGUUUGAAUAUUGAUAUCUGAAUAUUUGAAUGUUCAAUAUUUGAAACCUAGGUGGUAGUUAUUUUAAUAGACCUAAACUGUACUUUUCCCCUGUGUGCUAGGUGACAUUUAGGUUGGUUGCGUUACUUAGGACUGCACUUCAUUUUUCUGCCAACAUUUAAAAUGACACAAUCCUGAUUCUGUUAUAGUUGACAUCUUAUUUGUCAGGCAGGCCUUGCUGCAAGUGCCACGUAGACUUUUUCUAGUCUGAUCCAAGUCAGAGCUGAAUGAAACGGGAGGAAACAGUGUCCGCCUGGAAAUGAACUGCAGUUGCUCAUUUGUUCUGUUGGUUCCUGAGAUUAAAUAAACACCGAUUCACUUA